AUGCUUACUUUCGUUACGGGUUCACUUGCGCUAGAGCGGGCGGAUAAGCACUAUGCUAUCAUGGACAAUGAUUGGUAUACCGCUGGCUUCGUACCUUACUUGGUUGCUCUUGAUGGCGAUGUGGAAAUCCUGGGCUUAGCCUCUGAUACGGCCAACACCUGGCAGGCACAGGGCGCAUUGCACGCAGUAGCAACCCUAGAGGCCGGCAAUCUCAGCUGUAUUCCAGUCUACUCUGGCGCCACAUGGCCACUAAUCAACACUCCGAACCGCUUCCAUGCAUGGGAGAUGAUUCAUGGCGUGCUGCCAUGGCAAGGCGCCUUCGCGCCCGAGAAUAAGACUCUGGAGGCAGAGGGUGGUGAUCCGAAAUCUGGCGAUCCGAACCGUAUCGUCAAGGAGGCUUUCAAGGAGGGUUUCCCCAAGGGCAGACCGGAAAACUCCACCUCGGCUGCUAACUUCAUGGUCGAGAUGGUGCACAAGUAUCCCGGCCAGGUAACCAUUUACUCGGCUGGUGCCUUGACCAAUGUUGCGCUUGCUGUGCGUAUGGAUCCGCAGUUUGCGUCGCUUGCUAAGGAUCUUGUGAUCAUGGGUGGGUAUGUCGAUCUGAAUAUGCUCCAGGCCACUGGAAACAUUAUGCAAGCAGAUCACCAGUCGGACAUCAAUCUCAUGAUCGACCCCGAAGCUUCUAAGAUCGCUCUGACCGCAGACUUCCCUAACAUUACCAUCGCCGGCAAUGUUGCUAACCAGGUCUUCCCGACCAAGGAGUUCUUGGAAGAGGUUCGCUCGGUUCCAAACCCAUACAGCGAACUCUUCUAUAAGUAUUACGAUCUGUCUUUCCCCUUCUGGGAUGAGACCGCUGCCGCUUUGAUGGUAGACCCUUCUAUCUCUGUUAACCAGACUUCAGUAUAUCUGGAUGUGGACACAUCGUACGGCAGCCCCAACUAUGGAAACAUCCAUGUGUACCAGAAGGCCCUUGCGCCUCCUGGUAUCCGGGAGGUGAACUAUGUGUUCGAGGUGGAUGCUGAGAGACUUAUCAACCGGAUCAAGCAUGCUCUGCAGUAUCCUAAAUCGUGUGCCGAUUUUGAGUAG